AACGCGGAGCCACGUGCGGGCGCCGCAGUAGGCGCCCUGGGAUCUGGGCGUGCGCGGUGGAAAGGUCGCCUGGACGCAAGCGCGCGCUGCUGGGCGGAAGCUACACUCCUGGCUGCACGUGGAAUCUGGGCGAUGGAGGGGCCUGUUCCGAUCGAGGCCCAGAUCCGCACUGAGACUGGGGCCGAGAGCGGCCUACGGGGCCCCGGCUGCAGCCUCCGGCACUUUGCCUGCGAACAGAACCUGCUGUCCCGGCCGGAUGGCUCUGCCUCUUUCCUGCAAGGUGACACCUCCGUCCUGGCAGGCGUCUAUGGGCCGGCUGAGGUGAAGGUCAGCAGAGAAAUUUUCAACAAGGCCACACUUGAUGUGGUCCUGAGGCCAAAAAUCGGGCUGCCUGGCGUGGCAGAGAAGAGCCGGGAGCGGCUGAUUCGGAACACGUGCGAGGCUGUGGUGCUGGGAGCCCUGCACCCCCGCACCUCCAUCACCGUGGUCCUGCAGGUCGUCGGCAAUGCCGGCUCCCUCCUGGCCUGUUGCCUGAACGCCGCCUGCAUGGCGCUGGUGGACGCAGGUGUGCCCAUGCGGGCCCUCUUCUGCGGGGUCACCUGUGCCCUGGACUCUGAUGGGAGCCUCGUGCUGGACCCCACAGCCAAGCAAGAAAAGGAGGCCCGGGCAGUCCUGACCUUCGCUCUCGACAGCGUGGAACAGAAGCUGCUGAUGGCGACCACAAAGGGGCUCUACUCCGAUGCCGAGCUCCAGCAGUGCCUGGCGGCCGCCCAGGCUGCCUCCCAGCAUGUCUUCCGCUUCUACCGGGAGUCUGUACAGAGACGCUACUCCAAGAGCUGAGGCCAGCUGGGUGCGGUGCCCUCCUGCUGCCAUCUCCGCUGCCUCCCGUGAAUAAUAAACCAGCGGCCCAGCCUGGCCUCUGUCCCUGUGUCACUGUGUGAGCGUAUGGUCUUGAAGCUGCAGGAGGAGGACAGAGCCUCAGUCCCUGACAUGCCAAGAGAGCUGGCGUGCUGCUCCCAGGCCCAGGGGGCACAGACAUCCCCACCCUCCAAGGAUACCACUAAUAAGAGCUCGUAGCUAUUGAAUGACUGAAUCAAUAUGCAUUCAUUCCAACAGAUGUCUGUUGAGCACCUCCUACGUGCAGGCCUUGUUAGGUGCUUGGGAAGCAGCAGUGAACUAGGAUCCUACAUCCAGUGUUCAAGGAACCUGGAGGAGACAGACAAAUAAAAUUGGUGCUUAUCAGA